AUGCAAUCAACCAUCCAUAUCACAGCCGAUCAAGAAGUGGACGCUCAUGCACCAUCCAGCACAUACUACACCACAGGGCUCAAUGCAGGCGGGGUUAUUGGACGUCUCAAGUCAUACACUGGCCGUGCAACCAAAUUGCAUGAUUCGCCCGUUGCACCAAGGAAACGACGUGCUUCACAUGAUGACAAGAGCAAAGCACAGAAAUUCUUGAUUGACGUGCAAGAGACACAACGCAUCUUGGUUGAGCAAGAAGACACCGAUGGCGACUUUCAAAUUACCGUUAAUGACCUUGGUCCAAAAUCAUUUUCAGUGGGCACAGCUGAUUCUGGUGGUUAUCGCAAGAUUGAUAUUCGUGGAACCUACAUGUUGUCCAACCUUUUACAAGAGUUGGCAUUGGCGAAGGAUUAUGGACGAAAGCACAUUGUGCUUGAUGAGGCACGUUUGAAUGAGAAUCCUGUGGAUCGGCUCUCUCGCAUGAUUCGACACAAUUUUUGGCAAGGAUUGACUCGGCGUAUUGAUGCUGAUGGUCUGGAGCUUAUUUGUGCUGAUACCAAAAAUCGAUCUGCCAAUCACAAUCCACGCAUUUAUAUCCCAUACAACGAGGAUGAGGUGUAUGAGUACUACAAGCAAGUAGCAGAGACACGCAAACAUUUGAAUUUGGAGGUGGAAAGGCUUCCUGAAAAAAUCACUCCCGAAUACGUCAAGAGCAUCAAUGAUCGACCUGGUAUAUUGACAUUGGCCAUGAGACGUGCACCAGCUGAACGAGGUGGUGGAUUGGUGGGUGUACCAUUCGUAGUCCCUGGUGGCCGCUUCAAUGAGAUGUAUGGUUGGGAUUCAUAUUUUAUUGGAUUGGGUCUGCUCAUUGAUGAUCGUUGGGAGCUUGCACGUGACAUGGUGGACAACUUUGUAUAUCAAAUCAUCCAUUACGGCAAGAUUCUUAACGCCAAUCGCUCUUAUUACUUGGCACGUUCUCAACCACCCUUUGUCACCGACAUGGCCCUUCGCGUAUACGAGCAAUGGCAACCACAAGAAAACAAUGAUGAUGAGCGUAAGGCAUGGUUACGGCACACUUUGCAAGCUGCAAUGAAGGAAUAUCACACUGUGUGGAUGGGGUCUCCUCGUUUAGACCCAAAGACCGGGUUGUCAAGAUACAGACCAGACGGCCUUGGUAUUCCACCUGAAACCGAAGCCUCUCAUUUCGACCAUGUGAUUGAGCCUUAUGCAAAUCGUCUCGGCAUCACCAAAGAAGAUUACAUGCAAAAAUACAAUGAUGGCAUUAUCAAGGAGCCUGAAUUGGAUGAGUACUUUUUGCAUGAUAGGGCCGUUCGUGAGUCUGGGCAUGAUACCACCUAUCGCUUUGAAAAGGUGUGCGCCAACUUGGCAACAGUAGAUCUCAAUUCGCUGCUCUACAAGUACGAAGUUGAUAUUGCUUAUGCUAUCCGUAACAUCCUUGAUGGCGAUCUUUUGGAUUCAGAUGGUGUGCCUCAAGAUGCUGAUGUAUGGGAAGAACGUGCUCGUUUACGCAAAGAGCGGAUCGACAAGUAUUUGUGGAAUGAGGAGCAUAGCUUGUACUACGAUUAUGACACCGUCAAGGAGGAACAAACAACCUAUGAAUCCGUUACAGCAUUCUGGACCAUGUGGGCUGGAUGUGCAAGCCAUGACCAAGCUAAAAAGAUGACGAGUCAAUCAUUGCAUAAAUUUGAAGCUAUCGGUGGUUUGGUUUCAGGAACAGAAGAAUCACGUGGAGCUAUUUCUUUGGAUCGACCUAAUCGACAAUGGGACUUUCCCUUUGGUUGGGCACCUCACCAAAUCAUGGCUUGGAAGGCAUUUGACAACUACGGCAUGCAUGAUGUUGCUGCUCGUUUAGCUUAUCGAUGGCUCUAUACUAUCACCAAAUCAUUCGUUGACUUUAACGGCGUUGUUCCAGAAAAAUAUGACGUUGUCAGUCUUACGCACAAGGUGCAAGUGGAAUACGGCAACGUUGGAACCGAUUUCAAGUUUGUACCUCGAGAAGGGUUUGGAUGGAUGAAUGCAGCAUACCAAAUUGGCUUGAACAUGAUCAAUACACAAAUGCGUCGUGCUUUGGGUACUUGCACGAACCCCGAUUUAUUCUUUGAACGUGCUCUCAAGAGACAAAACAUGUUCAACGAGACACAUUUACGACGUCGAAAGUCAUCUGAAGCAGCUGCAAAGGCGAUCACACGCAACGGCAGUGUAAGAGCUGCUAUUACCCGCAUUGGAGCAGAGUCUGGCAUUGGUGGAUCCACAAGCGACACGAAUUUUGUUGAAUUGACUGAACCCAUCCCAUUCGAUCAGCGCAGCACCUAA